AUGUCUAACAUCUCUGUCAGCUCAGCUUUUAUGGAGAGCCGUGUUUUCACUUCAGCAGUUUCUCUCGAGAAACCUGCGCGUUCAAGAAAAUCACGAAAACCUUUAACCAGUCCUCCAAUCCAUGUGUCGUCUUUAGUGCCAGUAUCCUCGCGGCCAAUGACUGAUUUCUCCAUCAGCAAAAUCCUGAGUCUGGAAAGCAACGAAACAGAACAGAAGACAACAUCUACAGGUAGGUUCAUUUUGUUUUCAUAAGUUAAUAAAACACGCGACAGAACAAUUGAACAAUCUUGGACAGCACCCCUAAGAAAAAUUUCCACAAAGAUUGAUAAAUAUCAACGUAGUUUGAAUUUAGCUGCAUAGGUAGCACGGCAAAGCUCGUUCCAAAAAUCUUGCGAUAAUCCUUUUUUCUCUUCAACAUUUAUUAAUUUCUGAAGGAUUUAUGUUUUUGCAAGGUGGUUAUGAAGUAUUGAGGUGAGGAAUGGUGCACUCACCUGUCGUUCAUUUGGUGAGAAAAACGCUUUCAGCUUAGGAUAUUCAAUAACGAAGCUCUUCAUGAUGAAGGGGGAGAGUCGUCCCUACAGAAUCGAAAUUCGAAAGAUCUCUUGAUCUUACUGAGUGACUGAUAAAAUGUCCUCACAUUUACAGGGGUUAUUUAAAAAAUUGCGAGCUCAUCAAAUUGAACGUUUCCAUUCUUUCAACAGCUUUGACUGUAUACAACCGCAACUCCAGUCAAUCGUUGAGACCUGAACGUAACUGUGGCAACAGUAGCCCACAAUCAUCUUCUUCCGAUUAUGCCAACUCCACCAGCGAUUGUGACAGCGAACCCGAUCGAUUCCCGACGUAUUCCGAAAAGAGGGCGAAAAAGAAACGGCAGCGUACGACUUUCUCGAUGUUUGAAGUAUGGGAACUGGAACGAGCUUACAUGAAGCGGCCAUAUUUGAUGCCGGAGGAUGAAGAAGACCUGGAAAAGAGGCUUGGGAUCACAGCCAGGAGUCUGAGGGUGAGUUACAAGAAGAAAUUUUAAUUUACACCGAUUUAUAGAGAUGCGCACACUCAGAUUGGUCCAGGAUUGCGUCAUAUCUCGCUAUGAUCGCGCAAAUAAUUUCAAUUACAACAGAGGCGCUAAAUUUCAAAAUGGCUGCCUUGCGUUUUAUCGGUGUUAACGAAGAAGUGAUGAACGUGAAAAAGAACACUGAAUUCCGAAGAGCGCAAAAGCUGCUAUUAUGUUUGGAGUGACACUUUUUUAACAGAAGGAUAAGAAGUUUUUGUUGAUUUAAUUGAAUGAACCCAUCAGAUUCUAAUGGAAGCUGGCUCUAUACCUCGAUACGAGUAAUCAAAACAAUUAAAACAGAAUUUUUUAACAUCGAAACGAAUAUUUACAACAGAAUUCGAAAGCACCUUGGUAAUUGUACUAAAACAAUUAUUCCUCGAAGGCUCAGUGAAUAUUGUUGAAUAUGUUGUGGAUUAUUCGAAAAAUAUUCACCUCGCCUUCAGCGAAUAAUUUGUUAAAUUAUUUUAAAGCCUGGUAAUUAACCUUUCCUUUUUCCUUUUUCGUUUCAGUAUUGGUUUCAAAACCGACGAGCCAAGUCACGAAGAGACGGGAAAAUGAUAGCGUCAGACUUUCAGAAAAACCCGUCAAACCAGUUUGAAAAGCCACCACAGACCUUGACCCAGUCCCCUUUAAAUUGCUGGAGGCAGGCUGACCGUCUUUCUUAUCCAGGGACGGGAAACUUCAUAGGGAAACUGAAUGCAUACAGCCGACCAAUCAGAACUGGCAAUGGACAGCCGUCAGUCAGGACAGACCAUUUAUCUAAGCGUUCGUCGUUUUUCGUGCCCAUGUUCCACCCAGACCAGUUCCGAAGAAGACAGGUCGCACUAAUUAGACCAGCGGACAGCCGUGGUUCCAAAAGAUACCAGCCGUAUUGA